AUGGCGAGUGGUGUGUCAUGUCAGUCCUAAUUUCAUUUUACAUUUUUACAAAAACUGAUUAUCUCAUCGCGACAGUGCCCCUUUCGUAAUCAAAAUCGCGUAGGAAAUCCCUAUCAGCAUCCCUGCGUUUAUUUUUUCUACUGAUAUAAGCUGUUCAGCAGCUGUCAAGUAGACAUGAAAGUCUGGGGUGCUCACGGCGAGUUCUGCGCGAAACACCAGUGGGAGGUCAUCGUCGCCACCCUCGCCUUGUUGGCUUGCGCUGCCAGCGUUGAACGCCAUGGCCCCGGGAUCAGAUCAGAACGGUGCGCUGGCUGGGCCCGCGCCUGUCCUGGCCUCGAAGCGGAGUACCAAGCGGCAGACGCCGUCAUCAUGACCUUCGUCCGCUGCGCUGCCCUCCUCUACGCGUAUUACCAAGUCUCCAACCUCCAGAAAAUCGCGUCGAAAUACCUUUUGAUCAUUGCUGGAGUGUUCUCUACUUUUGCAAGCUUUAUUUUCACAUCAGCGCUUGCGGGGUUGUUCUGGAGCGAGCUAGCCAGCAUCAAAGACGCCCCGUUCUUAUUUCUGCUAGUCGCAGAUGUAGCUAGAGGCGCCAGAAUGGCCAAAGCGGGCUGGUGCGCUGGUGAAGACCAAGGGAAGAGGGUGGGAAGAGCCCUAGCGCUUCUUGGACCCACAGCAACUCUGGAUACCUUACUAGCAGUGUUACUAGUGGGUGUCGGUGCGUUAUCAGGAGUUCCUAGAUUAGAGCACAUGUGCACAUUCGCGUGUCUAGCUUUGUUAGUAGACUAUCUAGUGUUUGUGACUUUCUACCCUGCGUGUCUGUCAUUGGUGUCUGAUUUUGCUUCUGGGAGAAAGGACAUGACUCGUGACAGCCCAUUUUCGGAGGCCGAUAUGAAACCGAACCCAGUGGUGCAAAGAGUGAAAAUGAUAAUGGCAGCUGGUUUACUGUGCGUUCAUUUGACCAGUAGAUGGCCAUGGAGCGUCGAUAAUGGCAUAGUCGAAGGCCCAAGCGACAACCUGACUCCAUCUACCCAUGACAACGUUCUUUUCCAUUCUUACGUCAAAUGGUUCUCUGUCAGCGCCGACUAUAUCGUCAUAGCGACUCUGUUAUGCGCUUUGAUUAUAAAAUUCAUAUUCUUCGAAGAACAGAGGAACUGGGUGAUCGAUAUGAACGAUAUGACAGUGAAAGAAGUGAUACAGAAUGAGAAGGAAGACGCUUUGAAUGCUAGAAAACCCAUGUUUUCUCUGGGGGACGAUACCGGUUCGGAAGUGUCUACCCAAACAGAAGAAACUACUUCUGUUGAGGAAGAUCUGUGGCCCACAUUAUCUCCAAGUUCCUCUGCAUCGAAACUGAACUCUAAAAAGCGGCCGAUGGCCGAGUGUUUAGAAAUAUACAGAUCUGAAGGAGCAUGUACCUCUUUGAGUGACGAAGAAGUGGUAAUGCUCGUGGAACAAUCUCAUAUACCAUUGCAUAAGCUAGAAGCUGUGUUAGGGGAUCCGCUUCGAGGCGUCCGUUUGAGACGCCGAGUCAUCGCUGCUAGGUUCGACAACGAAACCGCAAUCAAACAACUGCCGUACCUAAACUACGAUUAUAGUAAAGUCUUGAACGCGUGCUGCGAAAAUGUUAUCGGUUUUAUUGGAGUUCCUGUAGGAUACGCUGGACCUUUAGUGGUAGACGGGAAGCCGUAUAUGAUCCCAAUGGCUACGACCGAAGGUGCUUUGGUUGCAUCGACUAAUAGAGGAGCGAAAGCAAUCGGUCAAAGAGGAGUGACCAGUGUAGUUGAAGACGUGGGAAUGACCAGAGCACCGGCUGUUAGGCUUCCGAACGUUGUGCGCGCUCACGCCUGCCGUCAAUGGAUGGACAACAAAGACAACUACGAGAUUAUUAAAGAAGCCUUCGACUCUACCUCGCGUUUUGCAAGACUACAAGAGGUCCACAUAGGUGUAGACGGUGCUACUCUUUAUUUACGCUUCAGAGCAACCACCGGAGACGCUAUGGGCAUGAACAUGGUCUCCAAAGGCGCCGAAAAUGCCCUCAAACUCCUCAAGAAAUACUUCCCUGAUAUGGAAGUUAUAAGCCUCUCUGGAAAUUACUGUUCUGACAAGAAAGCUGCGGCGAUCAACUGGGUUAAAGGCAGAGGGAAAAGGGUUGUCUGCGAAACGGUAAUCACCGCUGAAAGCUUGAGGAACAUCUUCAAAACUGACGCCAAAACUCUUGCUAGAUGUAACAAGAUUAAAAAUCUUUCUGGGUCUGCAUUAGCUGGGUCCAUUGGAGGCAAUAACGCUCAUGCAGCGAAUAUGGUGACCGCGAUAUUCAUAGCGACAGGCCAAGAUCCGGCUCAGAAUGUUACUAGCAGCAAUUGCUCGACCAGUAUGGAAGUUUACGGGGAAAAUGGAGAGGAUUUGUAUGUGACUUGCACUAUGCCGUCUUUGGAAGUGGGCACGGUUGGGGGCGGAACGGUUUUGACGGGGCAGGGAGCGUGUUUGGAGAUUCUCGGAGUCAAAGGAGCAGGUGUACGCCCUGCGGAAAACUCCGCAAGACUCGCAUCGCUUAUUUGCGCGACUGUGCUAGCUGGGGAACUGAGUUUGAUGGCUGCGCUGGUCAAUUCGGACCUCGUUAAGUCGCAUAUGCGUCACAACAGAUCCAACAUCAACGUACCAAAUACAGCUCACGCGGAAUACAACACAAUCGCUUUAGAAGUGCCUAAAUUAUAACCUCGGAAGAUGGUUGUAGAACGCAACUCGAAUAUAGAGGCUUGGCAUACAGCCAAUAUCUUUACGCCUAAUGUAUUAACCUGUAUUAUAAGUAGUUUAGGAUAUUGUUGGUAGAUUACGAAGACGGUUAACGUCUGGUCAGUCCCGUAGGCGAUUAAAGUGUUCAACAAUUACUUUCUACUAUGAUAAGAUAGGCUUAAAACUAUUCCAGUGCUUCGAGCCUUUGUCUCGUUAAAAUCGUGGCUUAAAGGCAACCUCAAAUCGGUACUUAAACUUUAAAAGAUAACUAUAUUAUGGCCGUAAGUUAAGACUGGAUUUAAGUCCUUCUCAUGAAAGAAGUUCAACGUAUUUUCGUGGAAUAAUACACAGUAGCCACAUGGUUGAAGAUUCUGAGGAAUUGGGAAUAUUCCCACCGCUGCAACUCCUGUACAACCAGUAAAGUUAAACUAUCCCAGUUGACUUAAUCAGAAGUUCGAAGCUAAAGAUUGAUUACCCUCCAAAGCAACGUAGAUUACAGACGACAAUAAGGUAUUGAAUCUUGUAACUUUGAGAUUUUUAUCAUGGGCAAUAUUAUAAUGAGUAAGUAAACGUUGAAAAGCAGUAGGUACCUAUCUAAUAUGUAUAGUCCAGUCAUUUAAGCUUAAAUUAGGUAAGAAUCUCGGAAUUAGAGAUACCCAGCUGUAAGUCUGUAAAUACUUGUAUAUUGACACCCUAAAAGUUGUCUCAAAACCUACAUAUGGUAGGGUGUAAGCAACUAUUAAAUUUUAAGGUCAAAGGUCACAAAAAUCGGUUUUUUGCGCUUUUUUUGGAAAUAUCUCAUUUCCUAUGGGUUUUUUGCUAUUUGUAUUUAUUAUCAAUAUUGUAGAAUACUAAAUUCUCUACAAAUUUUGUUUAAAAUUUUUUUUUAUACGGUGAACCGUUUUCGAGAUAGAGGGCGGAGAGCGCGCGGUCACUGCAUCACUUCAGGUCAACUUAAGCGGUUUAGGUUUUUCAUACAAAAGGAUUUUCCCGCUAAUUCCCGUGGGAAUUUCGGUAAUUACUUGUUGUAAAUAAGCUUUAAGUUUACUAAGGUACCUACAUGCCAAAUUUCAAGCGUCUAACUUCCGUUAAGCGUUUAGAUUUUUCAUACAAAAGGAUUUUCCCGCUAAUUCCUGUUCCCGUGGGAAUUCCUAAGUAAACUAUAACCUGCCCAGGUGUAUGAAGAAUAAUUGUACCAAGUUUCGUUAAAAUCCAUCGAGUAGUUUUUGUUUCUAUAAGGAACAUACAGACGGACAGACAGACAGACAAAAAUUUUACUGAUUGCAUUUUUGGCAUCAGUAUCGAUCACUAAUCACCCCCUGAUAGUUAUUUUGAAAAUAUAUUUCAUGUAUAGAAUUCUGUCCGUCUGUAUGUUCCUUAUAGAAACAAAAACUACUCGACGGAUUUUAACGAAACUUGGUACAAUUAUUCUUCAUACACCUGGGCAGGUUAUAUUAUACUUAGGAAUUCCCACGGGAACAGGAAUUAUCGGGAAAAUCCUUUUGUAUGAAAAAUCUAAACGCUUAACGGAAGUUAGACGCUUGAAAUUUGGCAUGUAGGUACCUUAGUAAACUCAAAGCUUAGUUACAACAAGGAAUUCCCGAAAUUCCCACAGGAAUUAGCAGGAAAAUCCUUUUGUAUGAAAAAUCUAAACCGCUUAAGUAGACCUGAAGUGAUGCAGUGACCGCGCGCUCUCUGCCCUCUAUCUCGAAAACGGUUCACCGUAUAAAAAAAGUUUUUAAACAAAAUUUGUAGAGAAUUUAGUAUUCUACAAUAUUGAUAAUAAAUACAAAUAGCAAAAAACCCACAGGAAAUGAGAUAUUUCUAAAAAAAGCGCAAAAAAACGAUUUUUGUGACCGUUGACCUUGAAAUUUAAUAGUUGCUUACACCCUACCAUAUGUAGGUUUUGAGACAAAUUUUAGGGUGUCAAUAUACACGUAUUUACAGACUUACAGCUGGGUAUCUCGAAUUCCGAGGUGAACUUACUAUAAUGACUGGACUAGUAAGCACGGGAGGGGUAACAUUGACAUAUUAUGACGUGACAGAGCAUACAAAUCUAAAGAAGAUCUGUGGGUCUAGACAAAGUGCAAAUUAUAAUCGCAAACCAGUCGAAAAGCCCCUUUUUUGUAUGGAGUUUUGACGGAUUCGAUUUUCGAUUCGAUCAAAAAGUGCGUUUUGCAAAGUGCAAAUCAUAAUCGCAAACCAGUCGAAAAGUGGUCGAAAAGCCCCUUUUUUGUAAUAUGGAGCUUUGACGGAUUCGAUUUUCGAUUCGAUCAAAAAGUGCGUUUUGCAAAGUGCAAAUCAUAAUCGCAAACCAGUCGAAAAGUGGUCGAAAAGCCCCUUUUUUGUAUGGAGUUUUGACGGAUUCGAUUUUCGAUUCGAUCAAAAAGUGCUUUUUGUCUAGGGGGGCUGACGUCUCGCUGACGUCCAUCACAAAUUUAAGAGCUAGACCUAAAAUUAAUCGAAUUAUGAGUAACAUUUUAAUUAGAAUUCUUAUAAUCGUGUCCACUCUAUGUAUGGCAAAUGUUUAUGAAACAUAGAACUUCUUUUAUGAAAGGACUGGUCCUUGGCAUAUCGUUAGCAGUUUACUGCGCCAUUUUGAAAAUUUGUGGCGUGAUUCUGUAUCAACGAUUAAUAUAAGUGCUAUUUCUAAAUAUUACCUAUGUAUAGUUGUUACAUAAUUACUAUGUAUUCAUGUUUGCGAGCGUCUAUGUUUUGUUUUUGUUUAAUUUAUUUUAUUUGUUAGUGGUUAGGGACCAACCGCAGAUAUUAUGAGAAUGAAAGUCUACAAUAAAUAUUUAUACACUA